CGUAGCUUGCCGUAGCUUGCUAUGCUAGCUCUCCACGCUGAUUUGUUUUCCGUAAAUAUUUUCCUUUGUGUCGUUUUGGACUUUUUUGUGAAUAUUUUCUGAUUACAUGACAUCGUGUUAUAUCCUACUUGGCGGCGUGAGAGCGGAAAGGAAGUCUCGAUACUUUAUCCACUCAAUUUCUUCAGAAAAAUUCAGACUUUGACACAGUCAUGGGGAAAAGAUACUACUGUGACUACUGCGACCGCUCCUUCCAGGACAACAUGCACAACAGGAAAAAGCAUCUCAAUGGUGUUCAGCAUCACAGAGCUAAAAAGGCCUGGUUUGACAGAUUUAAAGAUACGUCAGCCAUUCUGCAAGAUGAACAGGCCAAAAAACCCUGCAGACAGUUUCUCUUUAAAGGAUAUUGUGACUUUGGUCCAAACUGCCGGUUCUCUCACAUGACAGAAGAGGAUUUAGCCAAUUUGAAAAGACGGGUGGACGAUGAAAGACAGAGGGGCCAGAAUUGUGAUGACAGAGUCUUGUCUGAGCGCAGCAUAGAAGAUUGGCUUUCUCGGCGGGAAAAGAGGCAAAUGGCUCUUGAUAGCAAAGAGGAGGCGAGAAAUGAGGAGGACACAGAAGAUGCUCAUGUCGAAAUCCCUCCACAGCUCCUAUCCAUCCCUGACCUCCCCCCGUCGCUCCUUCCUCCUCCUCCUCCGCUCGGGUGGAGAGUCACCAUGGACACUGAGUGGGGGUGAAAAUGGAUUCAGUUUGUGUUUUGUAUGAGACUGGAGCCUGUGGAGGGGAGCCGAUUACUAUGAUUGACCGCUGAACAUUUUUAGAUCCUCGGCCAACUUGGCCUGCGUGAAUCGACGAGCAGCGGUACUGAAGAGGCCAGUUGCUCUUUCGUGGAAGAAAGUAUUCACAGCGGUCCAUAAUCUAACAUUUUCUGGAGAAAUGCCACGUUUGAUGUUUUUCUGAUGCCAACCAGAGAGUUUUUUUAAUUUAUUGUGAAUAAUGUGACAUCAUGCCUUUUAUUAGUGUAAAGAUAAAGAAAUAAUCACUUGAGCUUUCUUCUUGGCAAUAUUGUUAACGCAGCGUUUCUAUUACUGGAAUAUAUAACUAUUCUAUAUACUCUAUAACUAUUACUGGGACAAUUACUACUUCAAUGUCUUUUCUUUAAAGAAGGAAGCAUGAACAUUUCAAGGCUGUACCUUGGAGCCAUUUUAAAAACUGGGACUUUCAUCAGGAGCCUUAAUAUAAUUCUCAAUUAAAAGUAUUAGGGUAUGAACUAGUGGUGGGACUUUAACAAGUUAAUUAUGAUGAAUUAAAUACAACAAAAACAUUUAAUUUAAUAUUAUAACAUUGAAAUUCUUAUCCAAAUAUUUUCAAGACAUGAAAAGAGCUUUAAAUAAGGUGAUAUAAAAACUUGAAUAUAGACACCAUCCUGAUUUAUUGUGCUAUUGUCAAACUGAUGCAAGAUGAACAAUAUUUUGUUGUUUAAAUGUAUGUAUGGGUCCAUCACUUGAUUCAGUAAUAUACCAGAUUCAUUGAAAUUGAAAAAUGUGGCUUCUUGUGGCAAAUAUUCUUAUACCAUUAAACUGCGAUUAAUUGACAUCAGUUAAUCACAAAUUCUCUAACUAGAUUAAUUUUUUUAAUCGAAUCCCACUCCUAGUAUUAACAUUAUUAAGGAGAUUAUAGUGUAAUUGAGCAGGAGGAUGGACAUUUAAAAAAAGAAAUUGUGACAAAAUACUAUCAAUAAUUCCUUGGAAAAGGAAAAUCUAAAUUAUUCAGAAAAAAUGGAAACUAAAAUAAAAUGUAUUCAUACAAAGCUAAAAUAGGGUGGUGGGGAACAUAAAACUUGCAAAAUGUCCUUGGGCUCAAAUUGAUCCAUUUGAAAAGUAAAAUAUUUGAAGCAGAAUCACUUUUUUUUCCUCCCUGCCUGUUCUUUCUUAAACCCCUGAGGCGAUGGGCAUUUUAACAAGCCAAGCUGCAAAUAUGGAGCCUGGCGUAGUUGCUCAUUUAGAUCUGCAUUUGUGGCGGCGUAUAUAUGAGUGCUUGGGUGUGACAGGGCCAGUUGUGGUUUCAUAGUAGGAGCAUAACAAGACCAAGAGGCCGGAUUUGACUGUCACAGAUUCAAAAGCAGACUGUUCACACUGUGAGGCAAUAAGUGACAUGCAGAAGCAGCACUCCAUGAGCACAUAGAGUGAGUCAUGGGUUGAGUCUGUUCAGUCCACAAGCAGAACAUACUGAUGCUUUGCUGGUUUUGGAACGUGGUUGAAGCACAGUCAAAGCAGUGAUGGAAGCAGCGGGAACAUUGGCUGCCGCCUGGCGACGUCAUGUUGUAUACAAAGAGACGAGUGAAUUUACUCCAAUCCCAAGCUCAUGUAUCAUAUACCUUUAUCUCGAACCAUUUUCAAGAUCCAACCUUUUGACAAAGUGAUAUCAAAGUUGAGUAUUUUGUUUAACCAGAUGCUGCUGUUUAUGAAUAAACAGCUCGUGAAUGCACUGUGCGCCACCGCCAUGCACAUGUUGUCUGUGCAGGCCUGCAGCUGAGUUUUAAGCUUUGAACUGUGCCCCUACCUCAAAAGAUGGCCGAGCUAGGGCCCUGUGUGUGUGUGUGCACUUUGAGCACCCCUGUGACCUUUUCCCCUACUCUGCAGCCGCGGCAACGCUGCGCCUCCUCUCACACAAAGCACAGCUGAAAACAGCUGAGUCAUUGUGCUUCAGUGCGAAUGAACUACUCCCCGAACAAAUGGCAGUAUCUCGGAAACCGUUGGAGAUAGCGAAAAACCGAGCACAGCGUGAGAAUCCUGAGGCUUUCGUCUCUAACUGAGCUGAUUUUCGUGUGUCUACAGUGUAUGGUUUGGAGUUAAAAAUGAGUAACUUUGCUGUGAUUUUUGUGUAGCAGCCUCUCCUCCAAUGCAUUUUCAAUGGAGGGCAGAUUCGCUUUUGUCACACAUCCGAGACUCUCAUGCAAAUUCGGAAAGUGCUACAGUAAUUCUGAGCACAUUUUCCAAGAGAGAACAAGUGUGACUACAAAACUGGAGAUUUUCAUGCCUCUGCGCUCCACCGUUUGGCCACUAGUGCAGUUUAGAAACACGAAAACCAACUCUAACCAGCUUAAUUGCUCACUCUAGCUUUAAGAUUUUUGCCAAAUUUAUGCCUCUUUCAGCUCCAUUUGUGGACAAAUGAUAUCACUUGGCUCCAAUCUUUUUUCAGGGUGACAGAGGAGGAGCACGGCUGCAUUUUGAGCUUUCGCGGACUUUCUAGCCCCUAAUUCAACGACUCGCAGGGCCUUUUUUGGCUUCUUUCGAUCCCAGUCCCAUUCAUUUUCAACAUCCAUCAUUUUCUACAAAUCCUGGAAUUUCGUGGGAAUGCCGGCACAUGGGUCCAAGGAAAGUAAUAGCAUACCAUUCCCGGUCGGGCUGCACGUUUUGCUUUUUGAAACUGCGUCUCUGAGGCAAAAGCUCUGGGAGUAGCGAAUCGAAAAACCUAAGGGGACCAGGGGAAAUGGCUCGGCGAAUAACAACAUCGUGAAUGCUGGAUAGAAACCUGCGGUGCCCAAAGGGUUACCUCCCCUCAGAUGUCCCUCUCAUUGACCCGCGUGUGUUCUGUCUUGCUUCACUGUGCAGGGAGACUUUGUCAGUCAAUGAGUCCCUCAGUGACUGCAUGCCACAAAAAACAAAACAAAAAAAACAAAGAGAAUUCCCUGUGUGUGCCAGGCAAAUUUCACCAGUCUAUCAAAGGAUGUUGUAAAAUGUUGAGGUGUCACCUGAAGAACCUUGAAAAUUGAAGCUCAUGUUUGGAUCUGCAGAGCUGAGUGGCGGUGCUGGCGGGUCCACUCAUUAUCAUUCUGGCAAAAGCUGACUUGUUUGUGUUUCCAUAAAACCAAUCACCGACAUAGUGGGUGGCAUUAAGCUGCAGAUGCAGGGACUUAGUUUUGGGGGAAACUUGCUUUGAGGCCAGCAAAAGGCUUUAUGUUUCAUUCCUGUUGUGUCAUACCAAAUGUGAACAAGACGCAGAAGCAAUAACAAACAAGCAGCGUGUUUUGGCUUUGGUACCUGAAGAUAAGGUUGCACCAGAUUGUGUUUUUACGUUUCACUGAUGUUUACUGAUGCUGCAUUUGGCUCAGGAAUCUGACUUGUCACAACUGACUUGCUGUCAUUAAGGCUCCUGAAUGAGAUCGACGAAUGGGACGUGUUGCUGCAUGGUUUUGCUUCCCAGGACCAGGAGUCCUGCAGCUGGCACAAGAACCGGCGUGAAAAGCAGUUGGAAAAAAAUGAGGAAUGAGGAGUGGCGGCAAUGUGAUGGAGUACAUGGACGAAUGUAUUGAUUUAUUUGUACAAAUCUUCUUUUAAAUGUUUUCGUUAUUGAGUACCGUUUCAUACUAAUGUUUUGUCACAUUUGUAUCCAUGAGAACAUUGACCUGACUGAGUGAAUGAAUCCGUCCUGGUAAAUGUGUCAUAUGACAUGUGGUGUCAAAGUUCAGUAGAGUUUAUAGUACAGCAGACAAAGAUAUACUCUACGCCUGUACACUAACAGUGUGACCCUGUCAUUAUAUAGAAAGAUGAAUGACUAGUUUCCGCCAUGCUGGGUUCAGUAUGUACUAGUGAUGGGCAGUGAUACCAAUGUAUAUCACAACCUUUUUCAGUGACGGGUAACUAAACCACUGCUUGCAGUUUUUUUAAAAUCCUCUUGAUAGGUCAAGUUAAACGAUAGAUUCUUAGACUUUUAUAGAGUGAGUGUUGAGGUGAGUAACGCCAGCCACUUAAGUGCAACUACUGCCUCCAGGUGGCCAACAGGAGAUGUGACACACUGAGACUCACUAGACUUUUGCCUUGUAGUUAAAAAAAGUCAAAAAGUAAAAUAAUAAUAAAAAUAAUGGGGCAUUCCCUACAUUUUAUUAUAUUAAUGACAAUAUAUCACUUUGUUUAGUUUUUCAUACUUGUUGCUUUUUGUGUGUGGUUUUCGCUCCAAUGGGCUACAGUGGGUCAAUCGAUGCGCGUACCACUUUAAGACAAUCAUGUGACUGCGUCAACUCAGCGAAAACGCGCCGAACUGUGUUUAUAAAGAAGCGCAUCUGUCAACAAGAUGCAACCACUGAAACAAUCUGAUCUCACGGUUCCUAGUGAAUGUCUUAGUGGAUCUAAGGCGCAAGUCCAAGGGAAACGCCAGUAGUCUGCCGUGUGGGACCAGUUUGAUCUCCUGUCGGAGAAUCAUGUAUUUAUUUCAAUCUUUACCCAUUUUGUCUCAGAUUUUCGACUUGUCUUGUUCCAUUCUAAUUCAAAUUAUCGUUGGUGGGAUGCCGCGUGGGUAAGAAUACCACACUUAGUUAGUGUGAAGUUCUCAGACCCCCAUAGGUUCGAUCCAAACCCACAUUUGGCCAGGCUGCAGCACAACUUGUCAUUGUGUUCAUCAAUACAACAGCAACUACUGUAUAAUUAUCCAAUGAUUGAAUUUUAUCUUCAUCUCUUCCAAAUCCAGCUCAUCUGCCAUGAACCCUCUCCGUCUAGUCAUAUUCCUGCUUUCUCUCUUCCAGGAUUGGGGGUCUUCUUCCCGCUGUACAGGUGUCACAGACACACACACACACACACACACACACACACACCUGAGCUUAAUCACGUAUUCAUCCUCUGCUCUACUUGACAACCGGCGUCAGUUCCUUGCUGGUGCUCGCUCUGGUAUGACCAUUCAUGUCCGUAUUGACUUGGUGGAUGCUUCCUCUCUUGACCGUGGCCAUUUUUCCCAUGACUCUGAGUUCAUGAGUUUUUCCUGAUCCAUCGCCUUUGUUUUUUAGUGUGUCUGUGCCCGUGUUGUACCGUCUCGCUUCUCCUGCCUCCUUCUAGUGUAGAAAGUAGAGAGUAAUUCUGUUUGUGCUUGGUAUUUUUUGUUCACCUCCUCCUAGCGUAGAGCUGAGUGUAUUCAGUUUUUGUUAUUAAACUGUUGGAUUUGACCUCUCAACCUCCCCCCUACUGCACUUGGGUCUCCCCUCUGAAAUCAUUACAUAAACCAUGUAUUCAGAUAUUUUCAGGUGACUUUUCACGGGGCGUGUGCCAGCCGUUUUCCCGGUGAGUAAAACAACCAAACUGUUCUUCACUUGCUUUACCAUCAAAUGGAUGACAGAAAUGAUGUUAGACCUGUUUUUUAUUGCCUUUUUUUAUUGGACCACAUGCAUCUAGACACCACUUACACCCGUGAAUAAUUGAUGCUGUUUCCUCUACAUCUGCAACAACUACAGAAAGAAAAAAACUAGUGAAACAUUACAGGUAUUUGAAACAUUACAUUGAUAUUUGGGAGGUGAUGAAAAUAUACAUUUGCCAAAUAAGCCAUUUUUCAUCGUAAUAUUUGUUGACUGAAUUGUUCAUUCAAAUGGCCUGAAAGCAAAGGCAUGACAGUGCAGUUUUGUGGUCUAGCUAUGACAAAGGCACCAAACAGGACGCAACUACAGUGCAAACCAAACAAAAGUGCAUGUGAACCAGCUCAGUUUAACACUCUAACAGACAUCAUACGAAUUAUAUCUGCUUAUACAUGUCUUUGAUACAGUAACUGUACUUUACAUUCACUUUCAUUUACAUGAUAUGUCCACAGAAAGAGGUAAUGUCAUGUCACAUAAAUAGGUUUCAGCUACAAUAUCAAUUAUUCACUUUAUUGCCAAACACAUUUCACCACAUGAUUCUGCUUUGACCAGAAAGCAUUAAUAAGAACAUAUUUCUUAAAUUAAACAUGAUUUGGAAACUGAUCAAAUAGGAGAAAUUAAACAUAUAUUUUUGUCUUUUUAUGUUUUUUUUUUACAAAAUAAUCUUUGAUUCAUAAUAAAGUGUAUCUGAUUUAAUAUUACUAUGAAAAUAUAAUAAUGCCAACUCAUACUGGAUGCUGUUUUGGUGGUUAAUAUUAAUAUAGGGGCCAAAAGUAAAUAAACAAAUAAUUGUUUUUGUGAUAUGUGUUGAUUCAUCGUCAGUGCAUACUGCACAGUCAGCAGUUCCACAGUUCAAACCACACUUGAGAAAAUGUCAAAUGCUGAGUUCAUUUUUUUUUUUUUUUUGCAAUGUCCCCUUUACAAAUUGCAUAAUUAUUUGAAUACAUAUAUUAUAGUCAACACUUGUCUCACAUGUAGUACACACAUUUAUUUCUAAUGGGAUCGUCAUGCACGUGAACUACAUUUACAUUUUUCAACGACUUUCCUGAACCAAAAUGAACUGACU